AUGUCCACCCAGGCAGCAGGGAACCAGACCUCCUCCAGGGCCACUGACGACGAGGAUUCCUAUGACAGCUGGUACAUCGACGAGCCCCAGGGUGGCCAGGAGCUCCAGCCCGAGGGGCUGGUCCCCUCCUGCCAGCCCAGCGUGCCACCCGGCCUCUACCACGCCUGCCUGGCCGUGCUGUCGAUCCUCGUGUUGCUGCUGCUGGCCAUGCUGGUGAGGCGCCGCCAGCUCUGGCCCCGCUGUGGGCGUGGCGGGCCCGGCUUGCCCAGCCCUGUGGAUUUCCUGGCUGGGGACAGGCCCCGGACCGUGCCUGCCGCCGUCUUCAUGGUCCUCUUCAGCUCCGUGUGUCUGCUGCUCCCCACCGAGGACCCGCUGCCUUUCCUGAGCCUCACCUCACCACCUGGCCGAGGGCCGCGGAAGAUACUGGCUCUGCUCUAUUACCCUGCCCUCUACUAUCCGCUGGCUGCCUGUGCCACCGUCAGGCAUGGAGCCGCCCACCUGCUAGGCAGCGUGCUGUCCUGGGCUCAUUUAGGGGUCCAGGUCUGGCAAAGGGCAGAGUGUCCCGAAUCACCCAAGAUCUACAAGUACUACUCCCUGUUGGCCUCGCUGCCUCUCCUUCUGGGCCUCGGAUUCCUGAGCCUUUGGUACCCAGCGCAGCUGGUGAGAAGCUUCAGUCGUGGGGCAGCCACGGGUUCCAAGGGCCUGCAGAGCAGCUACUCUGAAGAAUAUCUGAGGACCCUCCUUUGCCAGAAGAAGCUGAAAAGCAGCUCCCACACCUGCAAGUGUGGCUUUGCGUCCCGGGCCUGGAUCUACUUCAGACACUCCAUCUACAUUCCACAGCGAGGAUUCCGACUCCCCCUGAAGCUGGUGCUUUCAGUUACCCUGACAGGGACGGCCAUCUACCAGGUGGCCCUGCUGCUGCUAGUGGGCGUGGUACCCACCAUCCAGAAGGUGAGGGCAGGGAUCACCACCGACGUCUCCUACCUGCUGGCUGGCUUUGGGAUCGUGCUCUCAGAGGACAGGCAGGAGGUGGUGGAGCUGGUGAAGCACCACCUGUGGGCUCUAGAAGUUUGCUACAUCUCGGCCUUGGUCCUGUCUUGCUUGCUCACAUUCCUCAUGCUGGUCCACUCGCUGGUGACACACAGGACCAACCUGCAAGCUCUGCACCGAGGGGGCGCCCUGGACAUGGGCCUCCUGACCCAGAGCCCCCGCCCCUCCCGCCAGGCCAUAUUCUGUUGGAUGAGCUUCACUGCCUACCAGACUGCUUUUACCUGCCUUGGACUCCUGGUACAACAGAUCCUCUUCUUCCUGGGGACCUUGACCCUGGCCUUCCUGGUGUUCAUGCCCAUGCUCCACGGCAGGAACCUCCUGCUCCUCCAUUACCUGAAGUCCUCAUGGCCCUUCUGGCUGACCUUGGUCCUGGCUGUGACCCUGCAGAACGCAGCGGCCCACUGGGUCUUCCUGGACACUCACCAUGGACGCCCGGGGCUGACCAACCGGCGAGUGCUCUAUGCAGCCACCUUCCUUCUCUUCCCUGUCAACGUGCUGGUGGGCGCCAUGGUGGCCGCCUGGAGAGUGCUCCUGUCUGCCCUCUACAAUGCCGUCCACCUUGGCCGGAUGGAUCUCAGCCUGCUGCCUCCUAGAGCCGCCACUCUUGACCCCGGCUACCACACAUACUGCAACUUCUUGAAGAUGGAGGUCAGCCAGUCACACCCAGCCGCGAUGGCCUUCUGUGCCCUGCUCCUGCGAACUCAGAGGCCCCAGCCCCGUGUCACCCCGCAGGAUGGCCUCAGACUGGGGGAGGAAGAGGAAGGGAUUCAGCUGCUACAGACCAAGGACCUGGUGGCCAAGGGAGCGGGGCCCAGGGCCCGUCAAGGCAGGGCUCGCUGGGGUCUGGCGUACACGCUGCUGCACAACCCAGCUCUGCAGGCCUUCCGGAAGACAGCCCAGCCGGGUGCCCGGGCCAAUGGCUCCCGGCCCUGA